UACUUCCGUUUGGCGAGUUUUCAAUGUGCGACACAUGCGACAUCUUUUAAUUGUUUGUUGCAUUGAUGUUUUCUGUCUUUACACAAAAAUGGCUGACCAAACAGAAAAGGCUUUUCAAAAGCAACAGCAUCUUAACAUUAACCGUAAGGUAGGCAGCAAAAAGAAGGUACUCAGACGCCAUCGAAAUGUAGGGUUGGGGUUCAAAACCCCUCGAGAGGCUAUUGAAGGGUCCUAUAUUGACAAGAAAUGCCCAUUUACUGGGAAUGUUUCAAUUCGUGGUCGAAUCCUGACUGGAGUUGUACAAAAAAUGAAGAUGCAGAGGACAAUUGUUAUUCGCCGAGAUUAUCUUCACUACAUUCGGAAGUACAAUCGUUUCGAAAAGAGACAUAGAAAUAUGUCAGUACAUCUUUCACCCUGUUUUAGGGAUGUUGAAAUAGGGGACGUUGUUACCAUUGGAGAAUGUAGACCACUUUCUAAGACAGUCAGAUUUAAUGUUCUUAAAGUAACUAAACAGACGGGGUCAAAAAAGAGUUUCAAAAAGUUCUGAAUAUGUAUUUGACUAAAUAAAAGUUUAAAAAGCUAGUUAAA